GUGAACGAGACAGGUGAGACUGUGACAGUGAAUAGUGAAGACAGAUUUUUACGCCAAAAUCUAAGUGGCACCAUGAUAAUGACAUGGAGGGGCCUGCCAUUUACAAUGACUUUAUCGCUCAUCUUCUCUGAUGCGCAGGAUAUCAGGAGCAUCCAGCAAAUAAGGCUGGUUGGCGGAAGAGACACAAGCGAGGGAAACUUACAGGUGGCAGUUAACGGUGUCUGGGGAAAUGUAUGUGACGAUGGCUUUGGUUUUGCUGAAGCUGACGUUAUUUGCCGAGGACUUGAUUUCGAAGGCGCUGAUGCCUUUACUUGGAAUAACCAUUUUGGUAAUAAUUCUUCAGGACUGAGGCGCGGCCAAACCAAGUACUGGCUGGAUCGACUGAGCUGCGACGGCGUCACUCGCUUAGCAGAAUGCUCGUCCAGCCCGCUUGGAAUGCAUGACUGUGGUCCGACAGAGAUUGCAGGAGUGAUGUGUCGGACGCACCACUCCAAGUGCUCUGGCCAAGAAUUCCCUUGCAGUGACAGAAGAGGCUGUGUGGCGCGUUCCCUCGUGUGCGAUGGCAGUGUUCAAUGUUCAGACGGAAGUGACGAGAAGGAGGAGCUUUGUGAGGACGUAGGCGUGGUCAGGCUGAGGGAAAGCACCAGACGCUUAGAAGUACCCGGGAUGGUAGCUGGCACGGUGGCGGUGAAGUGGCGGGGGUCCUGGUCCUCCCUGUGUGGCCAGAUCAGUGCCAGCGAUGCCAGGGUACUGUGCAGAAGUCUGGGCUACGGCGGCGGUUGGACGGUGCCGUUGUACAAGGGGUACUUCGGGAAAGGUCUCAGCCCGCCCAUUCUUUCCCGGCCAAAGUGUGAGGGACACGAGGCGUGGAUCGGCGAGUGCCCUGGCGAGGCGUGGAGCGAGGAGCGCUGUUUGAUCGGCACGGACCUGGGUCUCAUGUGCUCCGUAGAGGACGUUGCCGUGAGACAAGCGAACGGGCGGCUUGAGGUCAAGCUGAAACAGUUUCCUUGGGCCAGCAUCUGCAGUUUGGGAUUCGAUGAUCUGGAUGCCCGGGUGGUGUGUCGCAUGAUGGGCCACGAGGGGGAUGCACUUGCAACGUCUGGUCCCCUGCGGUCGCCAGGCUCCGUUUGGAACGUCAUCAUAGACUGCGUUGGGCACGAGGUUCAGCUGCAUCAGUGUAGACUUAGGCUUAUGAAUAACACAUGUCAAACUGCCGCAGGUGUUUCUUGUUCUAGCAAAAAAGGGGAAGUAGACGCCAAGCUGAUGUCCCUGCUGUCGACGGACUGCGGCGUUCCCGAAGACUCUUCGAGACGGUAUAUCGGGGGGCUGGCCAAGAGCCGAGGUGGAAUCAUUCCCGCUCUGUUUGAUUUCCCUUGGCUGGUUUCCUUACGCCGUAAAGAGAACACAGGAGGCGGCUCCCUAAUUUGUGGAGGAUCUAUUAUAUCUGAAGACUACAUAUUGACGGCAGGACAUUGUUUGAAACGAAGAGCCGAACUCGGGAUCGUGGUCAGAGCCGGAGACUUCAAUUCCCGCUUCGUUGAAGGCAGUUAUGAGAUGGAGUUCGAAAUUGACAAGGCAUGGGUCCACGAGCGUUACAGAGAGCAUGAUCGAUUUGACAACGACAUCGCUCUUAUCAAGAUUCAGCGAAGGAACGGCAGAGGCUUCAGGUUCAGCGAGAGAGUGAUGCCAGUGUGCCUGCCCUCCUCCGACGCCUCAUACGAUGACCUUGGGGCAUGCAAGCUGGUGGGCUGGGGCGAGAGGAGCUUCAAUGCCGGGGCGACAUCCCGGCCCCGCGAGGUGACCGCCUUCGUGUUGCCAGACUUGUGGUGUGACAACCUCUACGGUGGCAGCGCUAGCUACACCUCCUCGCAAGUAUGCUCAGGCGAAUCCACGUUCAGCCAGAGCGGCUGUCAUGGCGACUCUGGGGGUCCUUUGGCUUGUCUCACGAGGGGAAGGUACACGCUUUACGGCUUGCUAUCUUCCGGUAGCGGCUGCAUGUCCGACAGCAUUAGCCUUCCCAACACCUACACGAGGAUAGUCAAGUACCUCCGCUGGAUUCAAGAGAAGAUUGCAUCGGCCGAGGGACGCCAGAGUGGCUAGCUGCUCUGAGUUUCUUUGGAAAUUCUUUUGAUAGAAUUCACUAUUCAUCUCUGAAAGUAAUAGAAAUUAGUGAUCAGUGUAUAAUCAAUACUUUUAGAUGUUGGGGAUAAGUAAAAAGUAUAUGUAGAAAUAAUACUUAGAAAUACAUUAUCCAUCUAAGCUAUUGGUGGUACCUCUUAUUCACAUUUUGGUCUCCGAUAAAAUUAAGUAGUCAGAAUACGCACGAAUACAUAGUUGAAGCUAAUAAUUUCUAGCCAAGAAUUUUGAUUUUUCUAUAACUUUUGUGACACUGAGGUCAUCCAGGAAAUGAUAUUUUGGUAAAGUACAGCAAUAUGAAAUGAAGAAAUGAAUACUACUUUACAGUUAUGAACGCU